CUUCUCCAUCGCCUCCUCGGCCACCUGCUCUCGCAUCGCAACCCCCGCAUAAAAACAAGCGUUUUCCUUUUCGUGCACAGCCUGCACGAACGCCCGAAGCUACCGCGCAAGCCGGGCGCGCGCACGGGGCCAGGCAAGUACGGAUCAGCGGGGUACUUAACAGCCGCUGGCUGAGCACAGUGGACACACGGCCAGCUAGCUAGCUCAGUGGCCUUUUGUGCUCUGCUCUCGCUUCACUCUGCUCGGUGGUCAGCUCGCGGAGAGGAGCGAGUGGCGCGGCAAUGGCGGUGGCCGGCGUCGAGGGUAGGCCGCUGAGGCUCAAGGAUCUCCUGGAGCUGGACUGCGACUCGUGCAGCGCCGCCGGCUUCCGCUGCUACCCGCGCCACCUCUGCGUCCCGGCAGCGGCGCCGCUGCGGGCGCGCCACAACGCCCUCCACGAGCCGGCCGAGGCGCCUCGCGGGCUCGGGCGAUCGCCCUCCCUGCGCCACCCCUUGCUCUCGAUCAGGACCCUCUCGCGCCGGCUCAGGGACGGCUUCAGCUGGCGGCGCCGGGAGGAGGAGGAGGAGGAGAAGGCGGCACCGGUGCCCGCCGUCAGCAGCAGCAGCAGCUCCGACUCGGAGUCGUCGGAGUCGGGGUCGUCGACCGAGAGGAAAUCCGAGUCGGACUUCUCUGCAAGCUCGACGGAGAGCCUGCACGCCGGCGCCGCCACCAGCACCGCCUGCACGAGAGAAGAAGAUAAGGAGGAGGCGAUGGACAGCGGAUCCAAGGAGGCGGACGACAAGGAGCAGCUCAGCCCAGUGGCGGUCAUGGACUUCCCGUUCGACGACGACUACGAGGACGACGCCGUGGAAGAGGAGGAAGGGAGGGUCGGCGGCGCUGCCGCGUGCUCGACCUCCUUCAGCGACAGCCUUGCGCAGCUUCACCAGAGGAGAAAUAUACAGAUGCACUACAAGAUCAGACGACGGUUCGGGAGCGUCGGGGAGGUCGGAGCCGUCGACCUCGACGAAACCUUCGCCGUCGCCUCGGACUCCGACGGCCUCGGCAGCGUCCCGGUACAGCAGCCGGAGUAUUUCUGCGCAGCAACGGCGCUGCCAUGUCCCGAGGGUCGCCGGAGCGUCGGCGUAUGCCAAGACCCCGACGAGCACAACCUCCUGGUUGGCACCGUGUCGGCGGUCUGCGCCUCCGAGCGGCUCCUACUCGACUUCUUCGCCGAGACGCGAAAGAACGGCACGUUGAAAAACUUCGAAGCCGCGGCGAGGCUGGCCGAGGACUGGAUCGAAGGCACUGGGGCUCGGUGGGGUCUCAAGGAGGUGUUGUGCGGCCGGGAGCGCCUUGUUGCGGAGAUGGACCGGAGCCGACGGUGGUCAGCACGGCUCGGAGAGGUGGAAGAGGAGCGUCAGAUCGGCGUGGUGGUGGCUGGCUUGCUCAUCGACGAGCUGGUGGCCGGCCUGGUCACGGAUCUGCUUCUGUAGGUUACUAGGUGUCGCAACUACAGUAUGUAAGUAUACCAUGUCGAAUAAAACAAAACACUAUGUAGGUACACAGACAUGUUCAGAUGUUAGCUCGGGGGGUUAGGGCAUCUCGAACGUCUGGCCUCGAAAACAGGCACUUCAUUUGUCUUAUGGACAGUGCUAACUGGUGGUUAGCAACAGAUCCGGACGACCUUCGAUCGAUCCUCCCGUUCGUCC